CAAAAAUCGUGUUUCAAUUUAAAACUUUUAAAAGACUUGGACUAAAAAUCUCAACAGAAGUGUGUGAACAACAUUCUGACAGACUUUACUAAACGUGAGAAGCUGAUGUCGUUCAAAUACAGAUUAUUCAUAAAGUUGUUCUUCAAUUUCUUUAUAUUUGCGAGAGUAUGUAUGAAUGCGGAAGAAAAUCAAAGAUAUGACGGCUGGUAUAACAAUCUAGCAAAUCCAAACUGGGGAAGCGUCGGAUCUCCAUUGACAAGACAAGAGCCACCCGCAUAUAAAGAUGGCAUAAAUCAACCAUCGGGAUUUACUCGUCCCAAUCCUCUACUUAUCAGCAGCGCACUUCGAUCGCAAAAUGGAAACAAAAAUAUUCAAUCAUUUCGACGUGCUUCUGUUUUGUUGGUAUUUUUUGCUCAGCAAGUCGCACACGAAAUCGUGGAUACCAGCCGUCCAGGAUGUCCCUCAGAGUACAUGAAUAUCCAGGUUCCUAAAGAAAAUAAAAGUGAUUAUAAUUUCCGAUACAUUCCUUUUGUACGUUCAAAUUAUCAUCACGGAGAGAGUGGUUGGUCACCAAACGAACCAAGACAACAGCGAAACGACGCAACACCGUGGCUCGAUGGUGGUACAAUAUACGGUACAUCUAAAGCAUGGGCUGAUGCCUUGCGUACAUUUAAGGAUGGAAAAUUAUCGAUUAGUAAAGAGGGAGACUGGCCCGAGGAAAAUUCUAUAGGUCUACCAAUGAGUAACCCAGCUAUACCAUCAAGUCAUGAUCUUAAGGAUGCUAAACGUAUACUAAAGGUUGGCAAUCAUAGAGGCAACGAAAACCCGUUCUUACUUUCCAUCGGAAUUCUAUGGUUUCGUUAUCACAAUAAAAUGGCAGAACGUAUAAAACGCGAGCAUCCAAACUGGAACGAUGACAAAAUAUUCAAUGAAGCAAGAAAAUGGGUUAUUGCUACGUAUCAACAUAUAAUCUUUUACGAAUGGCUUCCAUCAUUUCUCUCGCCAACAUAUUCAAAACAAUUGCUGAAGACAAAGUAUCCGUACCAAGGUUACAGAUCCUCCAUACAUCCAGGUGUUAGUAACAUGUUCCAAGCAACAGCCAUGCGCUUUGCAGAGACAAUGGUACCGUCACAUGUUGUAAAAAAAUACCCUGAUGAUUGCAAUUUUCCUGACAACGUAGAGACGAGAUUGAGAAUUUGCAAUAGAUACUGGAACAGUGAGGAAACAAUAAAAGCGAAGGACCGAAAAACAAAAGAUCAUGUCGAGGCUAUAGUUUAUGGAAUGAUUAACCAAAUAGCGCAAGGGGAAGAUAGUAUUUUCGUGGAUGAUUUACACAAGUUCGCAUAUGGUCCGUUAGAGCACUCUCGUCGUGACUUAAUAGCAUUAACACUCCAGCGCGGACGAGAUCACGGACUUCCAGACUACAACACUGCAAGGAAAAGUUUCAACUUAAAGCGAGUAAAAAGCUUUAGAGACAUCAAUAACGAUACAGAGGUUGUGUCUGACAAGACACUUGGCAAGCUUGAGGUGCUACACAAUAGCAAUGUGGAUAACAUCGAUAUCUGGCUAGGUGGAAUUUUAGAGUCGGGAAAAUUAGGACCAGGAGAACUGUUCACAAAAAUCAUCAUGGAACAAUUUCUAAGAUUGAGAGACGGUGACAGGUUUUGGUACGAGAAUUACAAGCAAAACAGACUGUUUACGGAGGCAGAGGUAGACGAAAUAAAGAAUAUUACAUUCAAGCACAUAAUCAUGGCAGUAACAAAAAUUAAAAGUCAGCAACUUCAAGAUGACGUGUUUUCUGUAAUUAAUGCCUCAUGUCCAGUGAAGAAUAGACCAAUCUAUCAAGAGCAAUGCGAACCAUUGAAGAAAUAUGAUUACUUUUCCGGGAGCGAAAUACCUUUUGUUGUGACGUUUACUAUUCUUGGGUUACUUCCAUUUGUCGCCAUUGCUGGGCUAAAAGGUCUAGCAAAGGUUCGAAAUAAACGACGAAAAAAAGAUCUCAGUAAGUUACGGAGAAGGACAAAAAAAGAAAGCGUCAUGAGAAAUGAUUUGCGCAUUUUUUCAGCUAUCGAAUGGGAAAACAGCUCAGUUUCUCGCGAAGUCAACGUGAGAAUAGGUCCGGGACCUCUGAUAACCAUGACGACGAACAGGCAUCAAAUUUUACGUAUCAUCUCUCUUAAGCAUGUGUCAAACAUUAAGAUAAUUCGUCAAAGCGAUAAAGAAGAAGAAAUAAUGUCUUUACGAAUGCAAAGGGAAUAUGAUGUGGUUCUUGCAUUUACUGACAACAGUGAACGAGAGGAGUUUAUUACACAUUUCAAAUCAUUUAUGACGCAAGAGUCACCUGACCUGACGUCAUCGAAAAUUACAUGAAGAAAGGAACUGUUUGAGACUGCAGUAACGCGUGAGGAAAGACAGCGGCAACUAGAGCAAUUCUUUAAAGCAGCAUUUGCAAGAGCAUUCGACUUAGACUGUGGUGAAGACUGCAAAAGUUCAUUGAGCGCAAAUGAGAUCAAAGACAUUUUGAGUUGUGAGUUAUCACAAACAGAGUUCGCAGAUGCUCUGGGCAUACACACAAACUCUCCGUUUGUUGAACAAAUGUUUCAGCUAGCAGACAAAGACAGCAAUGGUUCCAUCUCAUUCAGAGAGUUUCUUGACAUAAUGUUAAUAUUUGCGAAAGGUAACCCAGAGGACAAGUUGAAACUGUUCUUUGACAUGAAUGACGUCACAGGCGAAGGAAAACUAGACAGGGAAGCAUUCAAGAAAAUGAUGAAGUCGUUUGUGGAUCUCGUUGGAGCGAGCAUUGAACCGAGCAAUUUGAAUAAGCUGGUCAACUCCAUGUUUGAAGUGGAAGGAGAAGAAACGAAAGAGUUUCUUUGUUUUGAAGACUUUGGUGCUAUCAUGAUGAAUUUGGACAAGACAGAAGGCCUUCUCUCAGCCGCAAAUAACGUUUUCAUGGGAGCAACUGAUGCUAUUUCUCUACUGAGAAAAUCCCCGAAACGCGGUAAAGGAAUCACCCCAAACGAGUUUCAAAAAAAGACAGUUGCAAGCAAAAUGAGAUGUGGAGAUGUGCAACAAAACAAUAGAAAUGAUGGACGGUCGUGUCAUGAAGGACUUCGAAGUACAUUAUCUCACUCAACACAAUCACUCUUUACACAAAAAAAUAACAUUGAAGAUAGUUCAUUGUAUGUGAAAGUCACGCGUUUCAUUGAGAAUCAUAAAGCACACAUAUUUAUAGUGACAUUUUACACUCUCAUUGUGAUUGGAGCUUUUGCUCGCAAAGCUUACGAAUACUCAACAUCAAAAAAGUCGUUAAGCUUACGACAAGUUGCGGGUUACGGUGUAAGCCUUAGCCGUGGAGCCGCUGCAGCAAUGUCCGUCACAUUCUCUACACUGCUUCUCACCAUGUGUAGAAAUACCAUAACUUUCCUGCGUGAGACACCAGCCAUGAACUGGAUUCCUUUCGAUUCCGCUGUAGCCUUUCAUAAAUACGUGGCUUGUCUGGCCUUAUUCUUCACAGUACUUCAUGUUAUUGGUCAUGGAAUGAACUUUUAUCAUUUCGCCACGCAGUCUGCCACAACAUUGUCGUGUCUAUUUCGAAACGACUACCAUCGGUCGCAUGUUUUGCCAGACUUUACGUAUUAUUGUUGGCAGACAGUAACAGGCAUCUCUGGUGUGCUUUUAUGCAUUAUAAUUGUCAUAAUCUACGUGUUUGCUACCCAAUAUUCACGAAGAAACGUCUUCAAGUUUUUCUGGUGGACACAUCAACUUUACUCCGUACUGUAUGCGUUGACAAUAAUUCAUGGUAGUGCUCACUUACUCCAGGCACCUGAAUUUCACCUCUAUCUUAUUGGUCCCGCGGUAUUGUUUACUCUCGACAAACUCAUUAGCAUGUCACGGAAGAAAGUCGAGAUACCUGUUGUGAAAGCUGAGCUCCUGCCAUCAGAUGUCACCAAUCUUGUGUUCAAACGCCCAGUUAACUUCAACUACAAGUCAGGUCAAUGGGUGCGUAUUGCGUGUCUGGAUCUCGGCGGAAGUGAGUAUCAUCCAUUUACACUGACGUCAGCCCCUCACGAGGAAAACCUUAGCCUGCAUAUUCGGGCAGUGGGACCGUGGACAACUAAUCUACGUAUGACUUACAAGAUAAAUAAUAAUCAAGUAUUUCCAAAGUUGUACUUGGAUGGUCCAUUUGGUGAAGGUCAUCAAGAUUGGUAUCGUUUUGAAGUAUCUGUAUUGGUUGGUGGUGGUAUUGGUGUCACACCUUUUGCCUCCAUUUUGAAGGAUAUUGCUCAUAAUGGAAAUAUCAAAUCAACAUUUGCCUGCAAACAGGUAUACUUCCUGUGGGUGACCCGUACCCAGAAACAUUUUGAAUGGUUAACAGAAAUCAUCCGUGAAGUAGAAGAGAAAGAUACAACGGGAGUUGUCACUGUGCACAUCUUCAUUACACAAUUUUACGAAAAAUUUGACAUGAGAACAAUGAUGUUGUAUACAUGCGAACGUCAUUUUCAAAAGAUUUCUGGCCGAUCACUUUUUACUGGUCUUCGUGCAAUAACUCACUUUGGAAGACCUGAUUUCAAUUCAACAUUGAAAAACAUUGCUGCACUACAUCCCGAAGUAAGAAAUAUUGGAGUAUUUAGUUGCGGUCCACCUGCAAUGACUAACAAUGUUGAAAAAACAUGUGUAAAACUAAAUCUCAACCAUGGACCGACCUUUUCACAUCAUUUUGAAAACUUUUGAGGCUUAAUGUAGGCCUAUUCUUGAUAUUUUAUCUUUAACUUUGAUGGCAAUUGGCAGUAUUUUAGAGGAAACUCUAAUAUAGUAAAAGGAGUUAAAAUACUUAAAUAAAUAGAGCUGAAUUAUAAAAAUUAAUGUAAGUCAUUAUAUUGUUGUACUUUUCAUUUCUUAUUUGAAAAUAAAUUCUUAAAAAUCA